AUGGCGCCAGCAGCUCACGACAAGACCGACCCGGCGAGCAAGAAAUCUGCGGUCGAGCCCACAAGUGACGUAGACGAUGACGACGACGACGAGGACGACGUGAGUGCGCGAGCGAUUUUUCCCUUGAUUUUCGCGCGUCUCCCGAUUUGUGAACCGAUACCCGCAUCCCCCCGCCUGCUGAACCCCGCGCGAUUCGUUCGCGCAUCUCGCGGGGCGGCGAACUCGGCGCUCCUCGCGGCAUUCAUCGCUGUCGAAUGCUCCAUUUGUUAUUUUGUCGAGUUGCGAACCCAGGGAAACAGCACGGCUCUCCGCCCUCCGAGACCGCCUCGCUCGCUCACCCGCGCUCCCUCCGUCCACCCAUCGCGACAGCCCAAGGUGUCGAAAACGAAGAAGACGUGCUCCUCGAUAUACAGAGGCGUGCGCCAACGACCGUGGGGGAGCUGGGCGGCGGAGAUCAGGGACCCCAACAGGGGCGCCCGCCUGUGGCUCGGAACCUUCGACACCGCGGAGGAGGCGGCGAGGGCGUACGACGCCGCCGCGCGUCACAUCCGAGGCCCCAACGCUCGGACCAACUUCCAGCUGGCGCCCGGCGAGGUGCCCCCGCCGUUUGUCCUCCCGGAUCCGCCCGCCGCGCGCGGACGCGGGAAAGGCGGCGAGGACGGACCCCCACCCGGCGGCGGCGGGCGGGGUGCCGGACGCGGCGGCCCCGGCCGUCCCCCGCACGCGACGAAGAAGCAGGCGAGAGCCGUCGGCGAGAUGCCGUCCAUCGGCGGCGCCGGCCUCAACACCGGCCUCCCCGGGUACUCGCUCGGCGGCUUGGGCGGACCGUCCGGGCCCCAGCGCGGGUCCGCGGGUUACCACACAAACAACAGCUCUCUCGGUAGCACCGCGCCCAACGACCUCUCCGCGCUCGUCAACGCGAACCUCGCGCUGGCGCAGCAAAACCUCGCCAUGGCGGGCCAAGCCACCGGCGGCGACGGCGGGUACAUAAGGCUCGGGCUCAACUCGCACGCCAACCCGAGCGGCAUGCACCCCGGCGAGGGGAUGCACCCGGGCGAGAUUCCGAGGCUACACAACUCCAAGCGCGAACGCGCCCCCUCGAAUCCCUUCCUCGGAACGUCCUUCGGCGUCGCGGGUUCGUUUGGCAGCGUCUUUGGCCACGACUACCUGUCGUCCACCCCGGAGAAUGGCGGCGUGUUCCCGAUGGGCUCGUCGCCACUGCUGAUGGGCACGAGCCCGGACCACGCCGGGGGCAGCGGUCGCGGAGGCGUGCACGGCAAGAUGGAGAACUCGCUCGGGAACGGCGGCGGGGUGUUCGGCUCCAUGAAGGAUCACGACUUCCAGGUUGGCUCGCUCGGCCUCGGCGACGACGACAUCCACGCAGUUGGAUCGCUGGAGCUCGGGUCGCCGCUCGACAACUUUGGCGAUCUUCUGAACUCCCUCCCGAAGCACAGCGUCGGCAGCGGGCGGGGGAUGGGAGGCAGACUGCCGAUGAGGCGGGAAACCAGGGGCAUAUCGCCCACGAGCGCCUUCGGUGUCGGCGGCGGGAGCGGCGGGAUUGAGGAGGCCCUCGCCGCGGGGAAGCGGUAGUCCGGAGGUCGCGGGACGAGAAACCACCCAUCUUCGACGUCGCGCCCACAGCCGUUCUUCGAACAGCAGCCGUGGGCGCCGCGAAAUCCAUUCUUUAUGCACCGGAUCCGGCGGAUCCUCGCGUGUGUGUAUUAACACGCGAUUGGUGAAGCCGGAAUCAAAAACCAGGAGAGGCAGCAGAGAAACAAAGAUCACGUUCUGGCGGGUGAACGAAUGAGAAAGACAUGCUCUGCUUGGAGACUGUGAUGUACAUUACCUCGCGUAGAAUGAUGUAUCCUGAUUGAUAUACCAUGCAUUUUCGG